AUGGCACAUAACGAGUGGAUUUUAUUUUCGUCUAGCGAGCGAUGUGUGCGUGAGGCGAGAUCGUGUGAGCAAGCGCGCGACGGGCGUGUGUGCUGCGGCCGCAUGUGUGCGCGUUCCGUGUCCGCCGAGACGGCUGUCGACGGAGUCAGCACUCGGUUAUUCCAUGCUGGCCCGCUUUAUUUAGGUUGUUUCCGAGUGUGUCCGCAACACUCCCGACGCAGCUCUGCCGUCCUAUAUCUCGUGUCGCUGUCUGCCUCUACCGUGCCGUGUCGUGCCGUGUGCCGC